UAAAAGAUAGUGGAGCUCUCCACUGUGAAAUAAGUUAGAUCUCCGGUAUCUUAAUAUGCGCUUCCAUACAAGACAUGAAGGCCAGUAUUUUUAAUCCUAGCCAGAAUAAUAUUGCCAAUUGUAUGUCAGGAUUUGGGAUUGGAAAGCCAAACAUUUUGGUUUACAGAAUUCGAAUAACUGGUUUUCAGCGUCAUCAGUCAAGAAGCCUUACGACUAUCGCUCCUUCCAGCUGGCUAUUUGGACACUGGCAAGUAGAUUUCCAAAGCGCUUUCCAGAGUUAUUAGACGAACAAAACAUAUAGCCUUCCUCUAAGAACUGAGACGAAUCAAAAUACGAUCAUCACGAAUAAGCACACUCAGGAUUAUCAUUAUGAAUCUGAGCUACUCUUAUCGCGAGUCAAACAAUACCACGGCUGCUCCGAAUAGCAAAUGUCCCGAAUGGGGCCAAGAAAAUUCAACGCUAUUUCAAGUGGUCUUCAUAAGUCUUUACUCGAUCAUGGGGCUUACAGCGUUAUUUGGAAACUCAUUCUUAGUAAAGAUCAUUUUCUCCACUCCAAGAAUGAAGACGUCGUUCAACUAUUUCAUUGCCAACAUGGCCAUAUCGGAUAUUAUCGUACAGUUCUGUGUCAUCCCAAGAAUAAUCACUGACAUUCUCUACGAGGCGAGACGGUGGCUUAUUGGGGAUACGAUAGGCCAAAUCCUUUGCAAGUUAUUGUACUACGUCCAAGAUGUUUGUACGGCGGUUUCAAUCGAGUGUAUUGUUCUCAUUGCCAUUGAUCGUUUUCUUGCAGUUGUCACCCCGACAAAGGUUCGAUCAACAUCCCGUGGCAAACUUCGAGUCGUGAUAAUAAUAAUGACGUGGAUCAUAGCUAUGGUACUCCAUGCUCCAUAUCUUCAUUUUACCAACAUCAGAAAAGUAGCUCCAGACGUCAUGUACUGUACUAUAGACUGGAGCCCUCUACCGGAUGCAGUACACACUAAAUACAUGAGUAUCUUAAUAGUCCUACUUUUUCUCAUUCCCCUAGGGAUCAUUACGAUUCUGUACUCGAUCAUUUUUAUGAUAGUAAAGCGCCGUAAAAUCCCUGGUCAUCAGUCCAGUGACAGACGCCAAUUCCGCCACUACGAGAAGGCCAAGACGAACGUCCUUCAGCUAUCAAUUGCAGUGGUUGCCGUGUUUAUUAUAAGCUGGACCCCAACUAUCGUCAACCUUCUUCUCCUUAUGACCAAAUGGGGUUGGAGAGUACCAUGUGAUAUGAUCCCUUUUCGAUUCUUUGCGUUGUUCAUGAACUAUUCAAACACUGCUACCAAUCCUUGGAUAUACUUCGUGCUGAGCGCUAACUACAGACAAGGGAUUCGAAAACUCAUUCCUUGCGCCCAGUGGAAGGCCCAGUACCAAAAACGAUUGAGCUCAAGAACCAAAUCAGGCACUUGGGCCACACACCAAACUGACAGCGGCGCAGAAGCAGAUAUAGGACAGACUCUUCCUGAACUAAGUGCUUGCACUGCAGUUUAGCUUAAAACUGACCACGGAAAACUAUCCUAAAAUACUACAAAUAAAUAUGUAUAUAUCCAACUGGAUCAAAGUCAACUUAUAAUUAGGACUUGAAAUUUUUUUCAUCGGUUUUGUUGUAUUAGUCGGUUGAAGUAUUUUUUUCUUGCUUCCAAUUAAGCCUUUCAUUCCUCAUCUCUUUCGCAGCAUUUUUAAUAUUUUGUUUUCAGUAGUUAAUAAGUUCCAAAUUUCAUCUUGGCUUUUUAUUACUAUUUUCUCAUUUACACCAAAAUGACAUCUUUUAUUUUUA